AUGAGUCAAUUGGAUCCUCUAGUAAAUAGCCGGGGCUUUAGUCCCAAUGGACGCAUCCUCGCCACUGAGUCCUUCAACGAGUGUGUCCAUAUCUGGAACAUCGAUACUUGGGGACCUGUCAACAUACAUCUUCGAAGUCUGCUAGAACAGCUGAAAGAAAUUCGACUCGUUCGUAAUAUUCGAGCUAGUCAACAAAAAAAAAUAUUUACGAAUUGGAUUAACGCACAGUUGGAAUUGGCUGAUCAAAAUGACUUUGAGGAACCACUACUAGGUACUUUCCUACAAGGUGGCGUUAAUGCUGACAAUGUCGAAGCUCGUCUUGCCACAAUCUUUAAAGACGGUGAAUCACUUUAUCGGGUUAAAGAUCUUUACAAAGAUCUUUCUGAUGGGCGAGUACUUUUGCGGCUUCUGGAGUUUUAUACUGGCAGAAAAAUCUCAUUGUCGCGCGGAACGAUGCGUGUUCACUCCAUAGAAAAUGUCGGCAAGGCUCUGGAUCAAAUGAAGCAGAUGAACAUACAUCCAGAAAAUAUCGGGCCUACCGAUAUAGUGGAUGGAAAUGUUCAUCUCAUUCUUGGUCUCAUCUGGAUUUUCAUUCUCAACUUUCAGGUAUCCAACUCUUCCAUGUAG